UAUCUCUGUAAAUUGCGGUGUUCAGCUUUCCUUCAACCCUGACCAGUCCCUGCCGCUGAAAAAAAAUAAAACACAGCAUGAUACCACCACCAUACUUCACCACUGGGAUGGUAUUGUGCAGUUGAUGAGCAGUGCCUUGCUUCCUCCAGACAUGACGUAUGGAAUUGCGGCAGAACAGUUCAAUCUUAAUUUCAUCAGACCAGUGAAUCUUGUUUCUCUCUGUCUGAGAGUCCUUUAGGUGCUUUUUUGCUUUCUUGCACUGAGGAGAGGUUUCCAUCUGGCCUUAAAGCCCACAUCUCUUGAGCAUAACCAGAGUGAUCUACAGAUUCUUGGUCACCUCUCUUACCAAGGCCCUUCUCCCCUGAUUGCUCAGUUUGGCUGGGCAACCAGCUCUAGGAAGAAUCCUGGUUGUUCCAAACUUCCAUUUAAGUUACAGAAGCCACUGUGCUCUUGGGAACCUUCAAUGCACCCUAAUUGUUUUUGUAGUCUUCCCCAGAUCUGUGUCUCUACACAAUCCUGUCUCUGAGCUCUGCAGGCAGUUCUUUUAACCUAAUGGCUUGGUUUUUGCUCUGAUAUGCAUUUUCAGCUGUGAGACCUUAUAUGUACAGGUGUGUGCCUUUUCAAAUCAUGUCCAAUCGAUUGAAUUUGCCACAGAUGGAUUCCAAUCAAUCUGUUUUUUGCUUUGUCAUUAUGGGGUAUGAAGUGUAGAUUGAUGUAAAAAAUAAAUAAUUUAAAGCAUAACAAAAUGUAAAAAAAUGAAGGGGUCAGAAUACUUUAUGAAUGCACUAUAUAUCUGUAAGGGGCUCACAAAAUAACUGUCUAUAUAUUCAAACAAAUUACAUUGUUGUCUUGUAUGUGUGAUUAUUGAUCACAAAUGAUUAAUCAAAAUGAAAUACAUUUUCAGAAUUGUUUUGAAUUGUUUUUACCUUUUCCAUGCUAUUGAAUUUUCCAGAAGAGGUCAAAGUUUUUAUACCUUUGACUGGCCACAAAGAUAACACUCUCAUGGACUUUAUGGCCAAUCUCAAGAAACAAUUUACGUCUCUGAGGGAAGUUGAUACUGUGGACAACAGCGACAUUGUUUUGCUUUUCUGUCCUAUCGUCUCUCGAGCUGGAACUGAUAUUGAUGCAGCACUGAAGAAAUUCAAUGACUCCACAGUUUCUAAGCCAGCUGCCCUAGUGGUGCUACAUCACACAUUUGACCCAGAGAAAACUGUACUGGAAAGUAGCAGAUUUGUCAAAAGUGUUGACAUACUGACAGUGGACUGUCUGUUCAAUGAGGAUUCAGGAUUACUGCAGUGUCUGAAGAAUUCUGAAGCAAUAAACCAAGUUGUGAACUGGUUAAAACAGCAGAGGAAGAAAAUAGGUGUCCAAGUAUGUCCACCCCAGAACACAUGGCAAAUGUCAAAAAAAAGAGCAGUUAUGCUUGAUAAGGAUGAAGUUAAAUCAGACUCAAACAAGGUUGAAAGGAAUACAGAAGAGGUCAAAGUUUUUAUACCUUUGAUUGGCCACAAAGAUAACACUCUCAUGGACUUUAUGGCCAAUCUCAAGAAACUAUUUACGUCUCUGAGGGAAGUUGAUACUGUGGACAAGAGCGACAUUGUUUUGCUUUUCUGUCCUAUCGUCUCUCGAGCUGGAACUGAUAUUGAAGCAGCACUGAAGAAAUUCAAUGACUCCACAGUUUCUAAGCCAGCUGCCCUAGUGGUGCUACAUCACACAUUUGACCCAGAGAAAACUGUACUGGAAAGUAGCAGAUUUGUCAAAAGUGUUGACAUACUGACAGUGGACUGUCUGUUCAAUGAGGAUUCAGGAUUACUGCAGUGUCUGAAGAAUUCUGAAGCAAUAAACCAAGUUGUGAACUGGUUAAAACAGCAGUCGAUGAGUGAGAAAGAGAAACCAUUAGAGAACACAGUCCAAGAACAGGAAGCCAGUAAAAUGAACAGCCAACUAGAGGAGGGAUGGACUACACUGGAAACACUCCGUCAGGAGACAAUGCUGCCAAAAGAACUACAGCAGCAGACAAAUGGUGAACAUUGCUAUAAAGAAGAACAUGUAAGGCUGGCAUAAGAUGUCAUAAAAGUCAAAGAACUCUGCGAGAACAAAGUCAUAAAAACUCUCUCACAAGCAAGGUCUACAUCUUAGAAAACCAAGACAUCUCUGUGUGAAAAACCACACAGCUUCCUUCUUAACAAACAUUUGACCACCUGAGACAUCCUGCCAUCCACAUUCUGCCCCCACAAACUCCAGCUGUUCUCUAUUACCCUGCCCCCCCCCCCCACCACAAGGUACACACAAAGACACACAAAAUGUAUAUGUGAAAAUGUAACAAAGAAAAAACAUGAAAACAAGUAAUACAACUAGGCAUGUUUGAUAUCAUUUAAGAGUUCUCUGUUCGACUGGCAUAAUGUUCUUUUGCUCAGGUUUGUAAAUCUAAUGACAACAAAGUUAAAAAGUCUUUGCCAAAUAUUGUAUAAUUCUGGAGGUCUAUCCCCCUCCUUACCUGUAGGUUAACUCCAGGAACCCAAGAACCCAUUCACCCCCAAAUUCUCAUUGUUCAAAGGAUAAUACCAUUUAGUGCACAAUGUUUAUUCUGUCUGUAUAUUUAAGGAAAGCUGGCCCAGAGCUAGAGGUUCUCUGUAGUCAGACCAUCCCACACAGUUUACUGUGUGUAGUUUCUAUCAGGUAAUUGCAAUUUGAAUUUCUUAUUGUCAGGUAUGUUUUUCUUUGAUUUGUAUUUUAUUUUUAGGCAUGUUUGUUUAUUCUGAUCAUAUGUAAACUUUGCUUUGAUUGAUUUUGUAACUUACAUUUUAA